AAGGUGUAAGGUGUAAGGUAUAAGGUGGGGUAUUGAGAAAAUUGUAUAUAUAUAUAUGGAAGAGCUGACUUGUCUCCAUUCUUCCUCAAUACACACACUACUAGUAUACUAUAUAUACAGUCAACCAAACCUUAAUUCUUAUUCAUUUAUUAAUUCAUAACCCAUAUCAUAUAUAUAGUAUAUAUAGUUAUCGUUCGUUAUAUAUAUAUUUAUUAGUUCUGAAAACAAAACAAAAAAAAAAUGGAGGAAGAAAAUGGAGUUGUGAUAAUUGUGGGAGCUGGACCUUCUGGGCUGGGCGUGGCUGGUUGCUUAAGCCGAUUAUCGAUCCCAUACAUAAUUCUAGAAAGAGAAGACUGUUACGCUUCUCUUUGGAAUAAAUACGCCUACGACCGACUCCAUUUUCAUCUCAGAAAACAAUUUUGCCACCUUCCUCACAUCCCCUUUCCCUCUGAUUUUCCCAACUACGUCCCCAAAACCCUCUUUCUCCAAUACUUAAACGACUACGUUUCUCAUUUCCAGAUUCGACCUCUUUACCGGAGGACCGUCGAGUCAGCCAUUUACGACGACGCUUCCGGCAAAUGGAGCGUCAAAGCAAGAUAUGUACUGAACAAUAAUAAUAAUAAUGAUGGUGAUGAUUAUGAGAUUGAGGAAUAUUCCAGUAGGUUCUUGGUCGUGGCUACCGGAGAAACGGCUAACCCUUUUGUGCCGGAGAUUAAAGGGUUGGAUGGUUUCGCUGGGGAGAUUCUUCACUCGACCCAGUUCAAAUCAGGGAAAGAGUUUAAGAACAAGAAGGUAUUGGUUGUUGGCUCAGGCAAUUCCGGCAUGGAAAUAGCUCUUGAUCUUUCCAACUACGACGCUAAAACCUCCAUUAUUGUCAGAAGCCCAGUUCAUUUUGUGUCAAGGGAGAUAGUUUACUUGGCAUUGAUUUUAUUAAAGUAUCUUCCAUUAAAAAUGGUGGACUCAGUUGUGGUGAUGCUUAGUAAGUUUGUGUAUGGAGAUUUAAACAAGUAUGGUAUAAAAAGACCCUCUGAAGGCCCUUUCUAUAUGAAGGUCAAAUAUGGAAAAUACCCAGUUAUUGAUGUCGGCACUUUUAAUAAGAUCAAAACCGGUGAGAUUCAGGUAUUGUCUGCAGAGCUAGAAAGCGUAGAAAACGACGUCGUUUUGUUGAAGAACGGCAAGUCGUACCAAUUCGACGCAAUAGUGUUCUGUACGGGUUUCAAGAGGUCAACAAAUUUGUGGCUUAAGGGAGAUGAUUAUCUGUUGAAUAAUGAUGGAAUUCCAAAAGUAAGUUACCCAAAUCACUGGAAAGGAAAGAAGGGUUUAUAUUGUGUGGGCCUAUCUAGAAGAGGUCUAUAUGGAGCUACAGAAGAUGCUCAAAACAUUGCAAACGACAUCAAGUUGAUGAUGAGUGAUCUCCAAAACGACGUUACCAAAAAUUAGAGGGCAUAUUGUUUUCAAAAAUUUAUCUCUAUAAUCGACAGUGAGUACUAAAGUUGAGUAAUAUAAUAAUUCUGUUAUGCUUUAUCUGUGAAGCUUCUCAAUAUGUGUGAUUGUUUUUUUUUUUUUUUGAAAAGCAAUAUGUGUGAUUGUUA